AUGUUUCACAGACGUUCCGCAAGUGUUGGUGAGCUGCACGGAGGUCACGGCGCCCGGGAAGUUAGCGAAGACGAGGAUGCGAACUUGGAGAGGUCUAAGAGCUCCAGGCAACUAACGAAAAAAAAGAGCUUCAGAUUUGGCUCGAGGGAUUUUGUUGGAGGCAAAAAAUUAGUGAGGAGGCCGUCGAUGAAAUCUGUUACGAAUAUGGUUCACAAACUUGUCAUGAGAGUAUCUGCUGUGCAGUUUCCUUCGAACGCGGCUUACUCGACAACUUCGAUUGGUAAAAUAGACGAGAACGCUUCAUACAAGAAGAAAAAUUUCGAUGCAGCUGAACAAACUCCUUCGAACAUUCAAAGAAGUAGAUCGGUUGAGGCAAUCAACGUUUCUGGAUUGAAAAACCAUGGCAAUACUUGUUUUAUGAACUCGAUUAUUCAAUGUCUCGCUCAUACUGAUUUGUUAGCCGAGUACUUCGUAAUGGACCAAUACAAACAGGACUUAAAACUUCGGAAGGGGCAGACCAAGAAGUUUGGAACUCGCGGUGAAGUAACGGAGAAGUUAGCUGUGUUGCUCAAGAGUUUGUGGUCAAGUCAGUACAAUUCACAGAUUAGCAGCGAUUUCAAAAUGAUCGUAGGAAAAUAUGGGGCUCAGUAUAGAGGCUACUCGCAACAUGACGCCCAAGAAUUUUUGCUUUGGCUUUUGGACAAAGUACAUGAAGAUCUGAAUCGAGCAACCAAGCGAAAAUACAAGGCGAACAAGGUAUUUUUAAAGGAUAUGAAAAAAGAGACAAAAAAAUACAUUUUCUAUUUUUGACACUUUGCAGUGUUGAUCAAAUUACCUGCUCGAAUGUCAUGCAAUUUAAUGCGAAUUUUGAUUUCACCUCGUUCACGAUUAAAAGCAAAACAAGUCCUGUUUUUGUUUUCUUCAGGUCAGUGUUUUGACAAUUUGCAUCAAAUUCGUUUAUCUGUGGUUCCCUUGAGAUAAAAACCUUCUUGUUUUGACCUUUUGUUGUGGUUUUGAUUAAUAACCAGACACGUACGAGUUUCGAAAAAUAUUUUUUCGCGUGUUCUAACCGUAUUUGCUCUUUGAUUGAUCCCGUCGCAUUUCAUAAACCAAACGUUUACAAAUUUUCUCCCUCACGUGAACUUCGAUGGGACAUAAUCCGUAAGAGAUAAUCGUGCUUUGACUUUCUUUCUUUCUCUGGCAUCGUAGAAGUUAAACUUGAGUUGUGAUCGAAUGAACACAUACAGUUCGUUCGAAUUUAGAUUACCUGUUCGAUGCCAUAUGUUGACCAUAUUUCUUGUUCUAAUAAUUAUUCUUGUAAGAACUUUGUUCGGAUGUUUUCCACAUGAAGUGUAACGUAAACCAUUUACUAAGUUUUCAAACGGAAGCAAAAAGAAUUUGAAGUAUGUCUCGUCGAUGAUCAACGGUACGCUUAAAAUACUGAAAAUGGAGUGUUAAUUUUUAGCGUCCGGAGUGAUAUUCCUAAUGAUUGAUUCUUUGUGUUUUCUUCACGGUGGGAUAAAAAUGGCCCGAAGUUUCGUGAACCAAAACAGUGUGGUUCGUUCUGGUAGAUUGGCUUGCUGGAGGCCCGUUUUUUUUUUUUUAAGUAAGAGGGUGAACUUAAAUUAAUUGAAGUGUUGGUGUCGGAACUUAUUUUUAAAAUACACAUUAAUUUCUCUGGUCCCUUUUCGUGAAUUCUGGUGUUAAAUUAUGUUUUCUUGUUAGGCGCUAUUAUUAGUUGCUCAGGAUGUAAUAAGACCACUUGCAGUUGAGUCCAUUUGACACAUUCACUAAUUGUUCCGAAAAAUUAUUAGCAGAAGUAGAGACAGUGGCCAGUUUUCUUAAGAGAUAAGGUUCCUCCAUUUUUACAGUUUUUUGUUUUUUCGUUGAGGUGUAUGACUUUUUAAAUUCUGUGCAGUUUCAGUCUUUCUGCAUGAUUUCCUCCCAAAAUGUUACCAGACUUGCCAACCCCCCAGUAGGCAAAAAUCUUUAGAUUCUGAACCUGGAGCCAGGAAAAGUAGUGAGAUGUCCAAAAUUUCGUAGUGGAAGGACUUUAGGUGGGGAUCAUGGGUAUUUACAGUCUAUCAUCACUUUAGUCUUCAUUGCUGCAGAUAUCCACACAUUUGUUGAGGGGGCAGGGGGGCAUCUUGAAAUGAGAGAUAAAGUUUUAUCUCAAAAGUGAUACUGGGUAUUUGGUGGUAGCAACAAGUGGUGGUAGGCUGAAGAGUGUAAACUUAACAAUGUACCAAGUUGGCAAUUAUUCACUUCUUUACUAAUCAAAUUCGACCACUAGGUGUUUCUUUGGGUUGAGUUUAUUAUCUAACUUCAAAACAUCAAACCCUACAGAUGCUCCAAAAGGUGUUUUUUUUGUAGUGUGACUUUCCAAGAAAGCGUGAGAAAUCAGUGUUGUCAACUCAUAAAAUUAAUGAUGAGAUCAUGAUAUAGGUUGUGAUAAUAUUCUGAGACUGACAGCAAAGUUGAGACUUGGCAAGUCUGCAUUACACUACCUUCCAUUGCCUAAUGGCGCUGUUAGUCUGUUAGAUUAGGGAACUUAUUCUUGUGUGUUAAUAACCCAAUUUUUAAAGAAGGGUAUGAGAGGAACUGAAAUUUUAAAUGGACUCUUCAGUACUGUAUUGGUAUUGAUUUCCUCUAAUAACAAAAAACGAAAAGGCAGGAUAUCCAUUGCUGGUAUAAAACAAAAUGGCAUGUCUUUUUUUGUCUGAUCAGUGGCACAUUGCAUGUUGAAGUACUUUCAGGUCAGAAGCCUCUUUUGCCAUAGACCACAUGGGCUGACUAGUUGAUUUAUUACUCAUUCAAAUGAAUGCUGUACCAAUUGUAAGAUCAAACAUACAGUAUAGUAAUUGAAUUGAGUGGAGUGCAAUUUGGUCUGAAAUCAUACCAUGAUUUCCAAAUCGGAUAAGCGUGUUGCGCAAGUUUGAUUUGAAAUCACAAUAAUGCUUUCAGACCAAAAUUGCACGAUACAAAGUUCAAUUACCACUUUAUUGCAACCAUUUUGAAAUCACAGAAUUCAGUCAGUACCAAUAUUUUUUUUAACUAUAGUAGCAGGUUUGUUAAAAAGCAGAAAAAAAAGGCUUUUACAUCUCAUUUUGUAUUUGAAACAGAAAUGAUGUGAUACAGAGCAAAAAACAAGGUGAUUUAAAACCGAAAUGACAUGUUUUCAGAACAGAUUACAGCAAAAAAUUAAGUGUUGUUUGUGAAUAAAUCACACUGCUGAGAGCGAAUCAGAUUGCAGGGAUCACCAGUGAUUUUCAAAGUGGAUGUAAUAAUGUCCGUUCAUCUUAAGGUUUUCAUUUAAGCUUACAUUUUUGUAAUUUUAUUUCAGGAAAGUAUGGGUAAAUCAGAUGACAUAAUUGCCUUUGAAGCUCUGACCAAUCACACUCGCUGUAAUGACAGCUUUGUUCUGGAUUUAUUCCAAGCACAGUAUCGCUCCUCACUCAAAUGCCCCAGGUGCAACCAACAGUCAACCACAUUUGAUCCAUUCUUGUGCCUCUCAUUACCCAUUCCUCAGAGAGAAACUCGACCCAUCAUUGUCACGACAGUCUUCGUACAUUCAACUAGAGUACCGAUGCGCAUUGGAGUUAGCGUACCUUUAAAUGGAACUAUCGCUGAUUUGCGAAAUGUUGUGUCCGACAUGACAGGAAUCAAAGAGGAAUCUUUGAUUCUCACAGAACUCUACUAUGAUGGUUUUCAUAGAACAUUUCAUGAUAAGCAGUCAUUGAGUGUUGUUCAUGAUGGGGACAAUAUUUAUGCCUUUGAAUCACCCAGUCAGCUUUUUCCUGAAAUGGACACUGGAGAGGCACAAAGCCCUGUGAUGUCGGCAGACAACGAUGGUCCCAUUCAAGACACCAUUGUGAUUCUUGUAUCAAACUGUGAGGGACCUAGUAAAACUACAUCAAGUAAAAGGUAAAAUUCCUGCCAUAAAAUGUUUUUAAGGUAGAGGAUUCAAAAGUUAGUACCGGUAGUAAGCAUAUUGGCAGCUUACCUGUUUAUCAGAAUAAUUUGCCUUUGCGUUAACAAACAUGUGGCCAGUCACAGAAAUUCAGCAUUUAAUUGAAAAUGGAGAUGCUUUUAUCAGUGGAAAUCCACCUUGACUGGGAUAAUGUUGAUGUUAACAGUUACUGUAGUCAAACCCAUAUCAAGUAUUCACCCUACAGGAAAUGACCAACUGACUGCUUACCACAGCUGAGUUGACCAUUCAAUAGAGGUGAAUUAACAGCAAUGUUUCUGUCAUUGUCAUGGAAGCAGAAGUAAGAGACCAAUUUUGAAGGGAUUUUGCUUCUGCCUUAUUUUCCACGUGACUUAAAGGACAAUGACAAUAAAAACAAGUCAGUCACCACUUAUUAGAUCUAGGGUGACUAAGAUUUCAAAGUGCUAGAUGUAUGAAAUUAGUAGGCAGAGUAUUGAACAGCUAGGAAUUUCUUUUGGUUUUAUUUUCCUUUUCUUUCCUAUGAAAGUAGCCAUGGAUAAAAUAUGCUCAUAGCAGCUGGGAGAAAUCCCCUGCACCCAGCCCUGAGGGAUAGCCUUGGUAAGUGCUAAGCUCUGCAUACAGGAUACCCACAAUUAAGAGAUGAGCAUCCAUGAUACAAUCUAGCCUGAAUUGCAGAUGUAACCUAACCCUGACUGGUGACCUUUGGGAAGCAGUCCCAAGAUCUUUGUUCUAAGCCCCCUAAUAGACUAUUGUAUUUAACCGGAAGUACAUUUUGAAUUUCCCUAAAACCUGACUGGGCAAUUGAACAAUGGCUUUUUUAACAGGCCAAUCAUUGCGUGUACUCAAAUCCUGAUACACAGCUGAGGGGCCAGAACGGGAGUUUUCGUGCUAGCUGACUCGUAGACUUAACCAAGAUACUAUCUGCAUCACAAGUUAUAUUUUUUCUUAUUCUUUUUUUUUUUCAGAUUUGGUCUUCCAUUCAUUGUAAGAGUUCUUAGAGAACUUAGUUAUGAGAAUCUUCAAGCAGCAAUCUUGAAAGCCAUGUCGAGGAUUCUUUUAGACAACGUAUCAUCACAGGUAAGGGUCAUUCAGUUAUUAAGAGGAAAAUUUCGUUGGUCAAAGAAAAGUGCAGUUGCAUGUCCAUUAAAGAAAUUACCAAAUGAGUUACAGAAAAGCUUAAAUUUUUGCUCAGAACAGUGAAAAUUCAAGGCAACUUGACUCAUAUUUUACUGAAUAUUAAUUGAGUCGCCUGUCAAUAAGUAAUAACCCGUUGUACAAUGACUUCAGAGUUCACCAUUUUUUGUAGUUUGACAGUUAAUAUUCGUUAUUACCUGAACGAUUUUUUUAAAUCUUAUUUCAGACAAUGCAGAAGCAAGGCUUGAUUUUCCGACUGCGUGUUGUGAAUGGUUUGCCAGGAAAGAGUGCACUUUCCCCAGAGGUAGACCACCCCCUUUACCAGGCGACUGUUGACAAGUAAGUCUUGAGAUAUACAGCUGUAUAAUCCUUAACCCAGUCCCUAAUGAAAGUAAACAGACUCUGACGCAAGUUUACUGUACAGAAUUGCUGGACAGAGCUGUUUGAAAGAUGAUGAGUACUGGUCAGCUGCCAAGAUAAUAUUCAUAUGCUUUUUUGAUUUGCAGUUUAUUACCCAUUAUUACCAAAUUAAGUCGUCCACUCACAGUUUUGAGGAAACUGUUUAAAGGCUGUGUAGAUGAAAAACAAAAGUCAAACAGCAACCAUGAGCCAAAAUGUCAAGAUUUGUAGUCACUUACAGAAAGUGGCUGCUUACGACAAGAGAUUUCUAUGACAAGUGCUAUUGUCAGGUGCCAGGGUGCUUACCAUUUACACAAACCUCCUGGGUGGAAAUCUUGUGCAUAAACAUAAAACUAAAAUAUUUGACGUGGUGGGAGAGCAAUCCACUACAAAGUAUAUCCAAAUUGGCUGAACAGACUAAAAUGAGGAGAAAAAUUGAUCGCUUCAAAUUACAGCCCAUAUUUUCUAAAGCUUCCCAAACAGAACAAAGUAAACCACUUGAUUUUCCAACCAGAAUUUCCAGUUUUUCCAUGUAAAUGGUAAGUACCCGGCCUGGUUUGGGAGAACUUAUUUUGGUGCGUAGGUGCUGGCGUAUACAGGACGACAUCCCGCUUUGAAGUUCUAAAUUGACUACAGAGUUUAUAAAAAACAGUCUAGACUGAUGUAGAAAAGAUUUUCAUUUUUGUGACUAAACUUUGUUCCUACAGAGCACUCAUGGCUUGUGGGCCAGGCAGUGGUCCUCAACAUAUCAAAGUGAUUGCUGAAUGGGAACAAGACACAAGAGUCAGGUAAAUCUAAAUAACCACCAAUACAAGGUGAAUACGUUGAAUUUCAAUUCACUUGGUUGAAAGACCAGUGUUGCCAUGGUCAUUUCAAGGGCAUUUUCUGUCAAAUCCUGAUUAGCCACAGGCUUUCUUUUAGCAACUGCAUAAGUUGCCUCUUGACAGGGAUGAUCUUCUUAAUUCCACGGUUUCAAUAUAUAAAUUUCAUAUAUUCAUCAACAACUCUAUAGUGCAUAAACUUGCAAAUCACAGUAAAAACAUUAAUGGUUAUAUUUUGGGUUGAAAGUAAUCUUUCAAACUUCCCUUAUAGAUUUGUUAGGUCCAGUGUCUUUCAAGAAAGGCCUGAAGAGCACUGCAGUGUGCGUGAGAUGGAAUCAUUUCAUAACAGCUCACACCAUGCUGAAUUAGAGGACUGCUUCAGGUUGUACACCAAAGAUGAAAAGGUAACAAGAACAAAUUAAUAAUUAAUAUAGUAACCAUCAUGACAAAAUACUAAUCUGAGACCCUUAGCCGGCCUGGGUGUUACUUCCUGUAAUGGCCUGUACAGGAAGGCUCAGCUCAGCUUUUUCUCACGUAAUCAUCUCUCAAGGGUAUUUACAGAACUUUACUGACCUUUUGCUCUGAAUUUUCAACUUUUUCAGCUUGGCUCUGAAGAUGCUUGGCUUUGUCCAAGAUGCAAAAAACUCCAGCAAGGAACAGUGAAGAAACUGAGCCUAUGGACUCUGCCAGAGGUGCUGGUAGUUCAUCUAAAGAGAUUCAGGCAGGUCAGUAUUAUAGUAGUAUAGUAUUUUUUUUUGUUACACAACAUCAGCUUCUCUUUUAUUAUUUUAUUUCUCUUAAGAAAAUUACACAGUGUUUUAAAAGUGGUCAGAGAUGUUUUUAACUCCCAUCAGUCAAAAUGAGCCAACAGCUGGCAAUUUUGCUGCUUUCGGUGGAAGAUUUUGUUGCCACGUGCUCAACAUGAGGCCUUUGCCACCUGCUACUCUGAUUGUCAAGCGCAGUAUUGUAAAUCAUUUGCCCCAUAUCUUUUAUUACCAUAAAAAGAAGGGGGGUAGGAAUAUUGUUUUCAAAGCAGCUUUCAGAUUGGAGACAAGGAAUUUUUAGCAAAAGAAAUAGUAAUAUGAAGAAUUUUUUCACAGAUUACAUUAUAGACUUACUUUGCAAAAGAAAGAGCGAAGAAAGAGGUUCAGGCACUAGUUCUGUCAGUUUAGGACUGAUCCAGUAUGUCAGAACUCCUCUCUCCACCACCAAAACAUGUAAAAAAGAAAAAUGUGACAGUUAGAUGAGUGUGCUAGUCAGGAAUGACAACUGCAGUGUACUUAUUAACACUUGCCAUUUCCCUAUGCAGACAUCAGCAGGUCGCACCAAGCUCCACACUUUGGUAGACUUCCCACUGACUAACUUGGAUAUGAAGACACAUUUAGAACCCCGCAUCAAAAGAUCAUCACCAGAGACACACUCCUUAGGGUGGGGUACAUGGAGGCGUCAUCGCGUCCCUUCUGUAAUCGGAUCAGAUGAAGAACACCUUUAUGACUUGUAUGCUGUAUGUAACCAUACUGGUGGAAUGUCUGGUGGUCAUUACACAGCGUACUGUAAGAAUCCUGUUGAUGGCACAUGGUUCUUGUUUGAUGACAUGCGUGUCGAGAAGAUAAAUGAAAAUCAGAUUAUCACCAAGGCUGCUUAUCUUUUGUUUUAUGCCCGACGUAAUGUUGGCUCCUCAUCAGCUUCGGAAUCUUCUUCAGGUUCCGAUCAUUGGACAAGGAGGAUGCCGCAAUUUUCAUUUGAAUCUGUGUUAAGAUCACGUGAUGAACUUGCUUCUAAUAAAGAAAAUGCAAAUGGUAAGGCUUGUUUUUUCCCAUAA